AAUUGCUGUUGUAGUGCUUGCUUGUAGAACUGAUUAACUGAUGUUAUACCGAAUGAAACUGAUACGUGAUAACAUGAAAUUAUGGUUUAUAUUGGUAAAACAAGAUAACACUGGGCGCGCUGUUAGUACAAUGGUCGGGCGGGUACCGCACCGCACCGAGUCGGGACGUAUUUCCCGGGCUAUUACCUAUUUUAAAUCUUCAACUGUAGUAAGUGUAAGUACUUUAUUUAAGUAUUUUAUAUAAAAUAGUACACUGUUUAAUAAUAAUGCUUAAACAUGUCUUUGUCACUAUUAAGAAUAUUUACUUAUGCAAAUUGCACUUUAAAUUCUCGUAGUGCAAUAGAAGGAGAACAAAUCUUAAAAAGUAAACAGAUUAUAUUGUGCGGUAAAAUUGAAAUGGAUAGUGUGAUACAAAUUAGAGCAUUAAUUGUUCAAACAUCACAUUUAAAUGAUAUGCCCCAUUCAGUUUUCGGUGAAUUAACAAAGCCUGAAAUGGAAAUUAUUAAAUUCAAAUGCAGUUGCAAAGCAGGAGCUUCUGAGUGUUGUAAGCACGUUGUUGCAAUACUUUUGUUUCUUAACAGGUAAUUCUUUUUAUUCAAAAUU